ACACGCCCAUAAGGGGUUGAGGCGCCGGGCUUUACCGACCGCACUCGAGACGCUGCAAGAUACCGGACAGAUUCCUAAGGUGCAACUUAGUCCUUAAGUGAUUUUCGAGGUUGAAAGAAACGAAUAACGGAAUUUCAGUCUAUUACAGAUAUCAGCUGAGGAGGAUUUUGGAGGUGAGUGGAGAACACGAGCCGAUAUGCAGAAUCUGAGACUGCUCAUCUUAACCGUGCUGUUUUACUCAGCAUUCUCUGCAACACUGAAAGCCCAAGAAGAGUCUCAGACUCUGUUUUUUGGGGAAGACUUCCACAUCCUCGUGCCGGCAGAUGGAGCUGAUGUGACGUUCAGGCCUUCGGUUGUUCCAGGUCGCGAGAAGCCGCUGAUGAGUUCUGGGAAAGUGGUGGAUCUUCGUGCCAAACUCAACUCUGCUUCGAGGCACCUGAUCUUGGAGAAUGUUGGAGAAAGUGAUGAAGGAGUCUACACCAUCACAUCUAACCAAAAUCCAGAGAAUAUUACACGCAUCACACUCUAUGUUAGAGAUUGCUCUAGUGAGGUCAUCAUUAAGUACGGCUUAGAUUUUCAUGUAUCACUGCAUGAUAUCUCAGACCCAGUGCGUGUGGGCUAUCGCCACAGUGCCGUGGAGGCCAAUCAGACGUCAUUGCCGGCUAAGGAACUGCUAAAUGCUGAUGGAACGCCCAAGGAGAAUUACCAGGACCGCAUUGAGAUCACUCCUCAAAAGUUCACUUUGCGUGCUGUUACAGGGGCUGAUGAAGGCAGUUACACCUUUAGUGAUUCCAUUGGGAAAGUCCAGAAGAAGAUCUGCCUAAAUGUGAAAGCACAUCAGAUAUUUGUGACCCUUUCAUACGGUGGCACUCUGAAAAUAAACCUGCACAUGAAUAGCUCCCUAGCUCGCCUACUGUACAUCCCUCAGUCUGAUAAAUAUAAGUAUUUGAUUAUGGAGAACGGACAACUCAACCUGCCUCCUAACCUGGAUCUUGAGGGUCGUCUCUCUUUGGAGGACUCUUUGUGUCUUCUUACGGACGUGAGGGCCAGCGAUGCCGGAGUUUUCAGUGUGACUGACCUUAAGGGAUUCCUGGUGUCUGAUGUCCACCUGGAGAUGGAAUCAUACAGGCUUCCUAAACUCUACAUUGCUAUCAUUGCUCUGGUAGCAUUACUGGUGUUGCUGCUGUUGGUGUGCUUGGUGUCAUGUUUGGUGAAGAUGCGCAAACGUGCAGCAAAGGCCAGAGCCAUUGAGGAGAAAGUCCAGAAUGCAGGCAAAGUGGAGGGAGAUGCCUUCAGACAGGUUGUGAAAGAUGCCUGUACCCAUCAGAAUGAGGAAGCCCCGGCCCUGUCACAGAAAGAAGACAUCACUGAGAAAUCACAGAGCACAGAGGUCAGCAUUAAGGGUUUGGAGGUGUCAACUAAAGAGCCAAGCCUUCAAGAGAGGAACAUAGAGACCAGUGACUCUGGAGUGGGCUUUAAUACCACUGGACUCCCGCUUGACAGUGACACUGAUGCCCCAACAGCAGCCAUAGCAGAUUCUGAUGUAUUGAGUUCCUUUGCUGCCCCUGAUGUCAAAGCCAUUCCCAACCAAAUUCCAGAGUCAAAGACCGCUCCCUCACCUCCAAAACCAGCACCAGCUGCUGAUCUGAAACCAGCACCUGUGGCCAAGUCGACAGCUCCUCCACCACCGUCUCCCGAACCCAAACCACCAGUAACACCUGAACCUAAGCCCAAGCCUGCGGUCACACCAACACCUGAACCCAAACCUGCUGCUACACCUGAAUCGAAAAUGACCAUCUCACCACCACCUGAAACAAAACCGACCUUAAGCCCAUCACCAGAUCCCAAGCAACCUGUGACACCUGAUCCGAAACCAAGUCCAGCACCUGAGGCAACAACAACUGAUGUUAAACCAAUUCCAAGUCCAACCCCUGAAACUCCAAAAGCAGUAACACCAACUCCUGAUGCAAAACCAGCAGUUUCACCUACUCCUGAACCCACACCAGCUAAAGUUGGCUCUCUUGAACAGAAACCCGCUGUGAGCCCUCUGGAUACUAAACUGGUUUCUCCAGUCCCUGAGCCUAAACCAGCUUCACCCACUCCACAGUCUAAACCACCGGUCUCAGAGAUUCUCGACUCAAAACCAACUACAAAUGGUACUCCAGAAUCCAAGGCUGACAUCGAGUCAGAGCCACGUGCACCCAUAUCUCCUGGGCUGGAUGUGAAGGGCACAACCCCUCCCAAAACCCCUGAUACUGGGAAAAGCUCCAGUGGAGGUCUAGACUCGGCUUGCCCCAAUGACAGUGCACCACCUUCAAGCACUGAUGGAGCUGCCACCAACUGAGAUUAAAACGUAGCAUCUUUCCUGCCUCCUCCUAGUGUAUUAACCACCACAGACAAUCGAGACACUAGACUUAACAACAAAGAAGAGCUAAGUGACUUCGUCUUUUGAUUCUCACUUUUAAUACAAUUAACAUGCAUCAAUAGAAAGAUCCACUGUAAAUCCACUGAGUUUACUAAUAUUUAAUCACCAUGUAACAGAGUUCAAAUACAGAAAAGAAGCAUUUCAGGCCUUACACCAUUGGCUAAUUUAAUACAGAAUGAGGAUGGCUGUCUGGGCUAUUCCAAGAAAGUGUACAAAGACAAAUCUUCCUUCACAGAAAUAAUACAUCACUGCAUGAAGAUAUUGACAAAUAAAUUAUAUUAUCGGUUCCGUAAUCCAAGUUACUGUGGUUGAAUUUGGGGAAAGGCACACAGGAACAUGGGACAUUAAUCAUUUUCAUUCUUUAUGAGAUCAUUUCUGCUCCAUUUCGACCAGUCGGAGAAUCCAAAUAGCAGGACUGAUACUGAGAAAGCGACCAACCUUCUGCUGUCAGAGGACUGGAAAAGUGGAAAAAUCACGUGUCACUUUGAAGCAUGCAAGUCAACAUGUCAUUUUGACAAAGGAGAUGAACAAGGAAACUACAGGAGUGCGAAGCAGUAGAAAGAAAAACCAUUUGACCAAAACAAUUAAUUAAAAAAUCAUAAUCCUUCAUAGACUAAUCCGUGACUCUGACUGGAGGACAUUUUUGAGAAUCUUCUUCUAUCAAUCCAACCUAUGACGCUAAUCUCACGGAUGUUCUUGUCCAGAGAUGUGACAGUGCACAUUUCCUGUUCAUUCAGUAACAAAAAUUUUGCUGUUGAAAGUUCUUUACAUGAGAAAGUUGCAAAAAUCUGUAAUUCGUAAAAAAAAUCCGUAAUAUUUAAAAAACAAACAAAAAAAAACAUACAUGUAGAUGGCAACAGUAUAUGUAAACAGGUUUGCUUCUUUGAGUGAAUGUGUUCAGACCGGUAUAUCUAAAUAGUGAGGCUGUUUCCAUCAUUAGUGAGUUUUCUGGUGCAUUGGGAUUGGAAUGAAUUUAUCUAACUAAUGGCGCCAUUUUAGUUCACAAAAGGAAUUAUGCAAAUCAGGUGCAAUUGAGUGAAUGCUUGGUGUUGGAGGAUGCAGCAGAAUACUGCAAUAUGCUGAACUUUUACUGGCACAUUACAGAAUCUCUCCACCACUGUGAUACAAACACCUGAAUUGGCUUUUUAAAAUGUGUUCUCAAUAGCACACCAUUUUGCGAUUGUUUCAUCAUCAUUUGAUGAAUUACUCCCACAAUCAAAAAUGCACUCAAACAUAUUACAGAAAAAGGAAGCGUGUUUGGGUUGAAAAGAAUGGCAGUGAUUGCAGGUGGUUAGUGAAUAAGACAGGUUUUUUAAUGCUGAAAUACAUUAUGAAAAGUGGCGCAAGCAGCAAAUUAGCUCCUGAAUGUCUUGCGUAGUUAAAUUGGCUGAUUCUUGUUGCUCGAGGAGCAAGUGGACAUGGUUUGUAAGAAGAUCUCGAUUGUUGGUGUUGCUACAGUGUUCCACAAAUAAUUUUGGAUUUAUAGUCAUAGUUGAAAGACAAUACAGUCUCACAUAUCAGUUUACAUAUAUUCCUGGUGCCUCCCGUAAAACCUAAACACUGCCUGUUAAUGUUGUAUGAGUCCAGGAACCUGCUCCUACCACACUAUCUGUGGGAGCUGAUGUUAAAUCACAGUGAGUCAUGGGGAUGGUAGCUAACUCGAUAUUCGUAUCACCAUCUUAAAGUGUUGGCAGAUCUGACAGACUGGAGGUUUGUGGGUAGAUUUUCUAACCGAAGAUGAUCACUACCUCACAUUUAAGCCUGACUGAAGUACUAAACCACCAAUUAAACAACAUUGCAAGGUAUGUUGACAUUAAAUAAAAAAGUAGAUUUUUGGCAAAGCACAAGGUUUGAAAUGCAAUCAAAGGUUUACAAAACUCAGAUAUUUGGCAAUGCCUAUCCCAGAAACCUCUGAAAAUGGUCUUAUUCCUCCUCAGCCUUUAACAGAUGUUUUAAUAUCAGUGCAAGGGAAUGUCACUUGAAAGCCAUAUAGUCUUAGUGUCACAUCUCAUAAUGUAAAUAUCACAAACUCUAGAUGUUAUAACCCUAGGAGCACUGUAGCAUUAAAACGUAAAAAAAUGAUGAUAUAUCCCUGACAAAACAGAUUUUGUGACCAAAAUGGAUCAUAGUAAAUAAAUCCGACUCAAAAUGGCUUAUGAGCAAAUCUGAAUAAUAUUUUGUGAUGUUAAAGAUGCACUGAGUCAUUUUUGUUUGUUGCACUGGUCGAUUGGACACUGGUCUUGGACCUACACUGACACCUAGUGGUGUGGAGGUAGAAUAAUGCAAAAGCAAUAAUUUUAGGUUACCCGUACCACUGUAGAAAUGCUCUGUUUGCAGUCGGCCCUUAUCAAUUUAUUUAAUGAAUGAAUGUGUCUAUUAAUGGGAGGGGUCUCAUAGAUAAAGUAGUAUUCGGCUAGUCUUGUGAUUUCAACAUGGUGGCACCCAUGAGGUUACCCACUCCAUGUAAAAUAAAACAGCUGUUUGGGCUGAUAUUAAAACAUAUUUCAAAA